UUUGUUGAAGUCCUAAUGUUAUACAUAAAUCCCAAUAAAUGAGUGAUUGCAGGGUUCGAUCAGCUCCAUUACCCAACCAAUACAACGUAAGUAAACCCUUAUCUUUCCUCUCUUCGUUCCCAUGUCUACUGAAAAACCCGAAACGGUCGCACCAGCACCCAUUCCAAAGACCAUAUCCAGCACAGCCAAUCUUGCCAACCUCCUACCUACCGGCACCGUCCUCGCAUUCCAGACCCUCAUCCCUAGCUUCUCUAACAACGGAUCAUGCCAUCCUUCCAAUAAGGGCCUUACGAUAUCCAUCAUUGUAAUCUGUGCCCUUUUAUGCUUCUUCUCUUCUUUUACUGAUAGCUUCAUAGACAGUACCGAUGGAAAAUUCUAUUAUGGUAUUGCCACUAGUGAAGGUAUGUAUAUCUUAAACUCCACGUCAGAAGAUACUAAACAACGAAGGCGUCGCUUGAAAGGGUAUAGGAGAAUGCCUGUAGAUCAUUUUCACGCCUUUAUGUCACUAACUCUGUUCUUGAUCUAUGCUUUAACCAACCUCAACGUGAAAGAUUGUUUCUUUCCCAAAGCAGGAGAUAAUCUUUCUCAAGUCAUUAUCAAUUUGCCAUUAGGAGCUGGGAUUUUCGCAUGCUUAUUAUUCACUAUUUUUCCAACUACUAGAAGAGGAAUUGGAUUCACCCUGCUUCGUCCGGAAAAGGUAAAAGAAGCCGAGGGCCAAGCCUCGACCACCACGACCACACCCCAAGGAUUAACCCCGAAAAAGGAGGUUGUAGUUGAAAUAGAAGCCGAUGCCCAGCCCUUGGCCGGCCACAACCAUUCCCGCGGCCGCUCUUAUUAGUAAAGAGAAUCAUUGUCUAUAGCGCUUUGUAGUCAUCUCUAUUAAUUGUGAGUUGUAGUUUGUUGCUUUUGUUUAUACAUCUUCAACUUAAGAAUGGGCAUAUAGUCAAGUAUAUAGUGUGCAUUAGUGUAUCUUACACACACUGUUUAUGUAUAAAGAUUGACUCGUUCCACGU